GCGCGUGGAGAGCACAAGUUCAUGAUCUUCUGCCCUUUGUUGCUUUCUUCCUCGUCGGAGUUCCACUACGAGAUCGCAGAGAAUCUUCCUCCACUGACGAAGAACACAACAAAUACAGACAAUUCACUGAUUUCGCUAGUUUCUGUUGCAAUGGAUCAGUCGAUGAAGAAGAAGGCGAGAUGUUCAUCUGAAUCCGUCACAGUGGAUUCGUCAGCUUCCUCUUCACGUCACGAUCUCAGACAAGGGGCUGAUGCUUCGGCUUCGAAGAAGGAUCAGUUCCAUUCGCGGAAAGUUCAGAAGGCAGACCGAGAGAAGUUACGUAGAGAUCGACUCAACGAACAGUUUCUUGAGCUGGGAAAUGCAAUUGACCCGGACCGACCUAAAAGUGACAAGGCUUCAAUUCUCUCCGACACUAUUCAAAUGUUAAAGGAUCUGAUGGCCGAAGUCAAUAGACUGAAGGCUGAGUACUCCAAUCUGUCUGAAGAGUCUCGUGAGCUAAUGCAAGAGAAGAACGAACUGAGAGAGGAAAAAGCAUCUCUUAAAUCCGAUAUCAUAAGUCUCAAUGCUCAGUAUCAGCAUAGAGUCAGAACUAUGGUCCCGUGGGCACAACCCGUAGAUCCUUCUCAUGUUAUCCAUCCAUCUCUUUACUCGUAUCCCUUUCCUGUAGCAAUAACUCAGGGUCCGAUCUCUGUACACCCUCCACUUCAGCCUUUUCCCUUCUUUGGUACUCAAAAUCCUACCGUAAUUCCGAAUCCCUGCUCGAGUUUAAUUCCACAUUCAGCUUCUGACAAUGCCAGUGCCCCUACCGAACAAGGGUUGGUUCUGCAUUCUUUGUCCUCCGAUUCUGCAAACAGACAAGACUCCAAAAGCAAGCCUUUAAAUCAUAGGAAGACCAACCACUCAGACAACUGUGACGAUCAUAAAGAUGUUGCAUUAGAUCUUGAACUUAAAACUCCUGGCUCUUCCACAGAACAGGAAAACAAGAGAAACAAAAAGAAGGAAGUUUGAUGACCAUUUCUGGUUCAUCGAGUAGGUGUUCUUCAUUUCAAGUUGCUCAAGAUAGCACCUUUAGUAGGUAAAUGCCUUGUCAAAGUCAUAACAACGGAAAAAAGGCGAUAACAUCUUUCUGCCCACAUAGAACAAGACAGUAGCACCAUCUUAAGCUUGUCAUUCUCUUUCUGAUUGAUAAGGUACACCAGUUGUAGUUUAGCUAAAUUCCACUAGCUGAAUGUAUCCAGUUCCAAUACGAACUCGAUGAUUAAAUAUGUAUUAGCACAGGUAAAGACAACACCAAAGCCAGCUUCAUGA